GGAAUGCCUAUUAUCAUCAUUAUCACCAUCACCGUCUCUAACACUUGUUCUCUCUCCCCACUGCUGCGCUGCGGCAAAAGAGGAUAUCUUCAGUCAGAUCGUACGAUUCUGGUGUGCAUAAUUCUGCAAUUCUACCAAUUUAUAUAACAACAAUUUCUGUAACUUGUUCAAGUUUAUUACUUAGAAUUUGAGAGAGAUAUCAAAACAUUGAUGAGAAGAAAGUAUAAGUGCAAGUCGAAGGGAAUUAUUGGAGAAGUUGUGAUUAUGGAGGUUGCGGAGGUAGCAGUGAAGAUGACAAGAGAACGGGAGGUUUUAGAGGUGGUUGACACAAGGAAGAGGAAGAAGCGUGAUGGUGAUUUGGAGAUGUCACCAACUGUAGCUCGUGUUAGAAGGAAUUCCGUAAUCUCAGAAUCUCCAGCAAGCGAGCUUAGUUCCCAGGGAAAUACUGUGUUGUGUGAACCGGCUGUGAGUUCGAACUUUGAUAACGUUUCAGCAUCUGGUUUUGGAGAUAAUGAAUCAAGCAAUGUCACAAAAGGAAGCUCGAAAUUUUUAGAUCUGGAUGAGGACAGUGUGGAAAUUGCAACCAGUUAUUCAGAGUUGAGAGAAAGUAGAGAGAUAAUACUAUCAUCCAGCAAAUUCAAAGUUGAAUUUCAAUCCACACCGAAACCACAACAUGCUAAAUCUUGCCGCCGCCGAUUGACAGAGGCAACUAUGCCCUCCGAGGCUGAGCUUGAUGUGUUCUUUGCUGCAGCCGAGAAAGAUCUCCAUAAACAUUUUGCAGAAAAAUACAACUUUGACUUUGCAAAAGAGGAGCCAUUGGAAGGUCGCUACGAAUGGGUUCGACAAUGAAACCACAAGGCCAAGAUCAUCAGUUGCUUCUUAAUCUAAUUUGUUAGUAGUAUUUCCAAGUAUAUUUAACUGUUCACUCUUUUAAACUAGUACUAGUACUACUUGUCUUAUUUUAUUGCUUUAUGAUUGUGGUUUCCAUGGGGCGGGAGUUCAAUUUGAAUAUGUACAGGCCGGGAUCACGAAAUCUCUCUUUGUGUUAAUAUUAACCCAGAAGCUGCCUCUUGCAAAUCAU